GGAGGAGGCGGUGUUUCCGGCUGCUGUCGCUGUCCAGGGAGGCUGAGGCAAGAGGGAGCUGCCGGGUGGGAAGCCCGCACUGCCUUCUUCCUCCUCCUCCGGGUGAGGGGAGCGGAGGUUGGGGCCCUGACCCCAUGGAUCGGGAGGCGGAGGCUCCCGAGAGCCGGGGUCCUGUUGUGUGGCCCUGAGCCCGGUGGACUGGUUCUGCCUAUCUGGAAGGCCAUGGAGAAGAGGCUGGGAGUGAAGCCAAGCUCUGGUUCCUGGAUUUUAUCAGGAUUUUGUUGGCAGACAUCUGGGAAGUGGUUGAGGAUCCUGUGCCUGUUUUAUACUUAUUUCUGCUUCAGUGCUCUGUGGUUGUCAACAGAUGCCAGUGAAAGCAGGUGCGAGCAGGUGAAGAUACAAUUUGGAGUUGGCCUAAGAUCUGGGGGAGAAAAUCACCUCCAGCUUCUCGAAGGAACCCCUUCUCUCCAGUCAUGUUGGGAUGCCUGCUGCCAGGACUCUGCGUGCCACGCCCUUUGGUGGUUAGAAGGGGUGUGCAUUCAGGCUGACUGCAGCAGGCCCCAGAGCUGCCAGGCUUUUAGGACAGACUCUUCUAAUUCCAUGCUGGUGUUUCUAAAAAAACUCCAAACUGCAGAUGAUUUAGGCUUUACACCUGAAGAUGAUGCGCCUCAUAUUCUGGGGCUAGGUUGGAGCAGGGCGUCCGAGAGGAGGCAGAGCCCUCUCAGAGCUCCACUCAGACCCACUGUAUCUUCCAGUAACCAGCAGAGCUUAAUCAGGAAGCUUGCGAAGAGAGAGUCUCCUGAUGAAGUUAAAGUUACACCUGCAGUGACACAGCAUUCUGAAGUGAACGACUCCAAGGAACUAGGUCAUCUGAAUACCAGUGGCUCUGAAGAGGUCCACAAGGCAAUUACAAUUUCCAAUCCCCUAACCACAGAUGUGCCUGGGGAGGUUACUGUUUGGGCAAAGAAUGUAUCAGUCCAACCUGAGACAUCAGAGGAUCUGGCUACUAUGCCUAGCACUCAGCAAGUGAAAAGCCUUGGGAAAAUCCAGAUUGCUACUCCUCUGCCAGUGACUCCCUCCUACAGUUAUGCUACUCCUACCCCCCACGCUUCUUUCCAGACCACCUCAGCACCAUAUCCAGUUAAAAAGCAACUGGUGGUAUUUGCUGGAGAGAGUGUCCAGAUUACCUUGCCUAAGGAUGAAGUUCAGUUAAAUGCGUCUGUGCUUCAAGAACCACUUGAAGGAGAAACCUACAACUAUGACUGGCAGCUCAUCACUCAUCCUAAAGACUAUGGUGGAGAAAUGGAAGGGAAAUAUUCCAAGAGCCUCAAACUAUCCAAGCUCACUCCAGGCCUGUAUGAAUUCAAAGUGAGUGUAAAUGGUCGGAAUUCCGAAGGGGAAGGCUUUGUGAACGUGACUGUAAAACCAGAGCCCCGUAAGAAUCGGCCUCCCGUUGCCAUCGUGUCGCCACAGUUCCAGGAGAUUUCUCUGCCAACCACUUCUACAGUCAUCGAUGGCAGCCAAAGCACUGAUGAUGAUAAAAUCGUCAAGUACCAUUGGGAAGAACUUAAGGGACCUCUGAGAGAAGAGAAGAUUUCUGAAGAUACGCCCAUAUUAAAACUAAGUAAGCUCGUCCCUGGGAACUACACUUUCAGCUUGACGGUGGUGGACUCGGACGGAGCUUCCAACUCCACCACGGCCAGCCUGACAGUGAACAAAGCUGUGGAUUAUCCUCCUGUGGCCAACGCAGGCCCCAACCAAGUGAUCACCCUGCCCCAAAACUCUAUCACCCUCUUUGGGAACCAGAGCACUGACGACCACGGCAUCACCAGCUAUGAGUGGUCCCUCAGCCCCAGCAGCAAAGGGAAGGUGGUGGAGAUGCAGGGCGUUAGAACACCGAUCCUGCAGCUGUCUGCCAUGCAAGAAGGAGACUACACGUACCAGCUCACAGUGACUGACACAACAGGACAGCAGGCCACUGCUCAAGUGACUGUGAUUGUGCAGCCUGAAAACAACAAGCCUCCGCAGGCAGACGCAGGCCCAGAUAAAGAGCUGACCCUUCCCGUGGACAGCACGACCCUGGAUGGUAGCAAAAGCUCAGAUGAUCAGAAAAUUAUCUCUUAUCUCUGGAAAAAAACACAGGGCCCUGAAGGGGUGCAGCUCGAGAACGCUAACGGCAGUGUUGCCACUGUGACGGGGCUGCAGGUGGGAACCUACGUGUUCACCUUGACUGUCAAAGAUGAGAGGAACCUGCAAAGCCAGAGCUCUGUGAAUGUCAUUGUCAAAGAAGAAAUGAACAAACCACCUAUUGCCAAGAUAACUGGGAACGUGGUGAUAACCUUGCCCGUGGACACGGCAGAGCUGGAUGGCUCCAAGUCCUCGGAUGACAAGGGAAUAGUCAGCUACCUCUGGACCCGGGAUGAGGGGAGCCCCGCAGCAGGGGAGGUGCUGAAUCGCUCUGACCACCAGCCCGUCCUCUUCCUUUCCAACCUGGUCGAGGGCACCUACACUUUCCAUCUGAAAGUGACUGAUGCGAAGGGUGAGAGUAGCACGGACCGGACUACUGUGGAGGUGAAACCCGAUCCCAGGAAGAACAACCUGGUGGAGGUCAUCUUGGACGUCAACGUCAGUCAGCUGACUGAGAGGCUGAAGGGGAUGUUCAUCCGCCAGAUCGGGGUCCUCCUGGGGGUGCUGGAUUCCGACAUCAUCGUGCAAAAGAUUCAGCCGUACUCGGAGCAGAGCACCAAGAUGGUAUUUUUUGUUCAAAAUGAGCCUCCCCACCAGAUCCUCAAAGGCUACGAGGUGGCAGCGAUGCUCAAGAAUGAGCUGCGGAAGCAAAAGGCAGACUUUCUGGUGUUCAGAGCCCUGGAAAUCUACACUGUCACGUGCCAGCUGAACUGUUCAGACCACGGCCACUGUGACUCGUUCACCAAACGCUGCAUCUGUGACCCUUUCUGGAUGGAGAAUUUCAUCAAGGUGCAGCUGAGGGAUGGAGACAGCAACUGUGAGUGGAGCGUGUUAUAUGUUAUCAUCGCUUGCUUCGUCAUUGUUGUUGCCUUGGGAACCCUGUCCUGGACUCUGGUCUGUUGUUGUAAAAGGCAAAAAGGAAAGCCCAAGAGAAAAAGCAAGUACAAGAUCCUGGACGCCACGGACCAGGAAAGCCUGGAACUGAAGCCAACCCCCCGAGCAGGCAUCAAACAGAAAGGCCCAGUGCUGAGCAGCAGCCUGAUGCACUCCGAGUCCGAGCUGGACAGCGAUGAUGCCAUCUUCACUUGGCCAGACAGAGAGAAGGGCAAGCUCCUGCAUGGUCAGAAUGGCUCCGUGCCCAACGGACAGACCCCGCUUAAGGCCAGGAGCCCACGAGAGGAGAUCUUAUAGCCAGCCACCUGGUCUGUCUCCUCAGGGGAGGGUUGGCAGUGCCAGGGUCCAGAGCGUUGCCAGGCUGGUUCUCACACUUCCCAUUUCAGUGGGCAGCUGUUCUCCCAGCAUCUGCUGGUCACUCCCCCCGUCAUCCCCAACCGGAGCUGCUAGCACCUGCAUCCAGAGACAUUCUCCAGGAACCCCUGAACAAAGCUGUGAAUGAAGAGGUUUCCUCUUUAUACUCAUCUGGUAGCCACCCCCCUCCAAAAUAUCCUCACCUCAGGGCCUCCUUUUUUUUUUGCAAACCCCUCCCUGCUCCGAGGGUGGACACAGCCAGCUCUGAUGGUAUUGCUGCUGCUCCCAGGGCACCUGCCCAGUGAGGCCUGGCUGUGCCCCACACAACCUAGGUACAGAACCAAGCACCACCAGCCUCCUGACUCCAAGAGCCUGCUCCACGUUCUUCGUUCUCUUCUCUGGGAUGGAGCGGACCGUCUCGCCAGGGCCAGAGAAGUGGCACCCUUCCUGCUCACUGCAGAUGGCAGGCUGGUAGUGCAGAAGCG